CAAUAGACCACCCACGUCAGUUUCCAUCAACGUCGUGUAAGUGUUACUGCGUAGCGAAUUUUUUCGUUCUUUUUGUUCUUUUUCUCAAGUUUGUAUUUAAUUUUGAGUAGUGUUUCGCGAAAAUAUUGUUGUACAAUGAAAAUGGAAGAUGAAAUCAGUUGUGACGAUCCACAAUUUAUGACUAUGUUGGAAACCUGUCUACUCAUGGAAAUCGAGACAUCCAAGAAUACGUAUUCUGAACUUGUAAGGCAAAUAAAAGACUUCAAAGUUAAAGUAAAGAUGCAGUUGCAAACGAGGAAAGAAUUGAAAGAAAACACAAAGAAUACUCAAGAAAAUAUUCUAAUUUUAAGUAACUCUCUGAGCAAAGAAAGAAAUUAUAUGAUUGAAAUUUCUAAUAAAAUCGAGUUAAUGAAGCUUAAUUUGGAUAACGAUUAUAAAAUUAUGAAAGUGGAUUGUGAAUUUUAUGAAAAUAUAUACAACAACUACGAAAAAGUGUGGGAAUCGUAUCACGCAAAAUACGAAGAAUUCCCCUUAGCCAAGGACAGAAGAGAGGCGAAAAUAAAAAUGGAAAAGCUUCAAAUCGAGCAGAUGGUCCUGGAAUACAAAGUUAGCGAACUCGAGAAGAUUUUGAAGCAAAAGCAGCGGAUCGCUUGGCUCAGAAUGCGCGCAAAAAUUAUCGUACUUGCGCGUGCAAUUUCGAAUUAUACCAGACUAGCUGAAACAUUGAAAGAUCUUGAUAGAAAUAUCGACAAACGCAAGGAGGAGUUGAACACGAUCGAAACGGAGCUAUCCAUGCGAUUGAAGAAACAAGAGGAAGAAAAGAGGAAUCGAGCGUUGAAACUGCUGGAAAUGCCACCGCCAAAGAUUAAUUUCUCCCACAUGCGCACGAUUUACGGUCCUAGGCCGGGAAUCGGCUUCCCAGACGGUUGGAAAAGAAAUUAUGAGAAUUCCAUAGAUACUUUGUCGGUGGACACCCUGAUGUUGGAAGAAAUGUGCUUAACCGAAGAAAAUUCCAUACAACCACCAUCCAAUACUGAAGUUCAAGCCCAAAAAGAUCUGAAUCUUUCUUAUGAGGAACCGAUCGAUUCAAGAAAUUCUUCCCUGGAUCAAGAGCAGCAAGAAGUGGAGAACGAAGAUGUGGCCAGCGAAGUGGAUGGAAAUAUAGGGUCAGAACCGAUCGAUGCAGUCGAGGGGGAAGUGGAACAACGAAUGGGCCAGGAAUUGGAGCACGUAGACCAGUCGUCUGGUCUUUCCAAAGAUAAGCAAACAGACCAACGUUGCAAAGAUCUUGAAAAGGAGAGGGAUGAACCGGUGGCAAAGAAAAUGAAGUUGAUUUCUCACAGCGCAGAGAAACCCCUGGCAUCACCAAUGAAGGGUAUUCUAUUAGAGAGGACGAAGAGCUGUUCGGUCGAGCCAUCUCCACGCCCAAGAAUCUCUAGAAUCGAGACAUUUCAUUACACCGUGCCUUCAAUUAAAAAAAUUGAAAAAAUCAUCCCAAGAGAAAUUCAAAUUCCAUUGAUGAAUCAAUCUCCUGGAUCAAUAAUAACGAAGGAGUCUUCUAUACGGAAACUCGACCAGAAUAAUCUUAAUCCUUCCAGUAUGUUUACUCUUCACUAUGAUUAUUCUGAUAACAGUGAAAUAAGUUUCUGUAUCGAUGAGAAUAUGACCGAAUUGAAAUCUGAUCAAAUAACGCUCUACGGUGGAUCUGUUCGAAAUUUUUGCGAGUGUCCCAAUUUAUCACCGAUGAAUGAAAAUAUAAAUCUAGAGGGCAACGAAAACGUUCCAUCGACUAGCAAGACUCGGAAUUUUUCACAAUUCGAGAAAAAGUUCGACUUCAGUAAUAUUUUGAAAGGCAGUUCCAAUGGAAAAAAUCUCUUCUAAAUCUGAAUCUUAUCGAGGAGAGGAUCGAUAAUUAUUUAAGAAACGUGUAUUUCUUGUAAAAUCUCAUUUCGAUGAAAUAAAAUCGCGUGAAGCGAGAA